AUGGAGUUCAGAGUGAUUAAUGAUGUUCCAAAAACUCCCGGGGGCAUCAAGUUCGAAAAAGAAAUUGGGAUUCCCUUCACAAAACAAAUACUACCGAAAAUCAUAAAUUACAUAUGGUCUACUCUCUUCCAACAAAACAACCCGUCAGAGCGAAAGAACAUAGAUGUUUUACAAGUGUUCAUUACUAAGAUCGAUGAAAAACCUACACCUGUGGGUGUGGCAUAUGGAAACACGAUAAAUAUCAGUGUUGAUUUUAUACAAGAGACUAAAACAGAGGAAAUGAAAUGGUAUUUCACGGCAGUCAUGCUCCACGAAGCAACCCACGUUUUUCAAUGGAACGGGGAGUGGGAAUGCCCUAGUGGCCUGAGAGAAGGCGUCGCGGAAUAUGCAAUGUUAAAAGCAAAUUAUGUUAAACCAAACUUUUUAAAGCCCGGAGAAGGGGAUCGUUGGGACCAAGGGUAUGCUUUCACGGCCCGUUUUCUCGAAUAUUGUGAGGGGCUCGUUCCAGGAUUUGUGGCAAAGCUUAACAAAAAGAUGAGGAAAACUUAUAAUGUUUUGUACUUUAAAGAAAUAACUGGAAAAUCCGUAGAACAACUUUGGAUGGAUUAUAAGGCUAAAUAUGGAAAAAAGAAUUGA